CUUAAUAGAACAUGUCUCAGAGUUACUUGGUCCUUUGUAUUGUGCUCUGUGGAUGGAGACUGGUUCUUGGCGCAGAACCUCAAAAUGACGCAGAAGGCCGACAUUUUUCAAAACAUAAGUGCUAUUCGGGUUCCUGCGGCGGAGGUUUAGGCUUUGGUGGUUACCAAGGUGGCUAUCAGGGCGGCUAUCAAGGCGGUAAUCAAGGAUACCCACCUAUUAACAUAGGAAUCAGUCAAUCACAAUCAUCUGCGUCUGGUGGAUACGGCACAGAUUUCAACCCACCAUACAAUCAGUAUAACGGCUUCCCCAACAAUGGACCGUUCUCAGGACAUUACAACAAUGGAUAUGGACCCUAUAACAACGGUUAUGGGCCAAACAACAACGCUUAUGGUUCUUACAACAACGGUUAUGGACCAUACAACAACAAUUAUGGACCAUACAACAACAAUUAUGGGCCCUAUAACAACGGAUUUGGACCUUAUAACAGACCCUUUGGAAAUAAUCAAUUUAAUGGUAACUAUUACUUAGGUAACACUGGUAAUAGUUAUGGCCUACAAAAAUUUGGGGACGACAACGAAAACGAUGAAGAGACAUCGGCCAAAGAGACUGAUUAAAAAUUGUAUUAAUAAAUUAUAAUGAA